GUUUACUUUGCUAUUGCAAUGGCAAGCUUAUCUGAGACCUUGAUAUCUGUCUGUGGGCUGGUGCUGAUAGACAAGAAACUGAAACAAAAACAAGCAACUUAGCUUACUGGCCACAAACUGACUGUCGAGGCCAUAUCUGGCCUUGGCUUCUUAAUUCAUGGUAAUGUUUGGGCCCAACAAUCAUGUCUUUCAAGACUGACAUGUUCCCCACAAGUCUCUCUGCUCUGCCAAAUACCGUGGCCGUAGUCCUAAUCCUCAAGACGCAGGAACCAUAUUCUUACUUUGGGAUGAUAUGGACUGCCAUCGCCAUGGCUAGCUUGUUCUCUGCUGGACUUCAGGUACCUGUAGCAGCCAUGUACUUUGAAAACAUUAGAUUUUACUGCAGGCGCCGACGACAGACGUUUCCGGGAGAUAUUGGCUGGGAGGAAUCAGUGUAUCAGGAAGAAAUGGCGAUGCUUGAGAAGGGUAUGGCGGAUUUGGAGGGAAGAAAUAGUUCUGGGACAAGUGAGCAGUCACUGAUGCCACAAAACCAUGUGUACGCUGCUUAUCACUUACCACUCGGAGUUGUUUCAUCACACCCACAACGAUAGGGUGAGAGCAGUGAGAAGGCCAAGUCUAUUUGACCCAGGUCUUAGCUAUAGAUACAGGAGUGUACGAGUACGCUGAGUAUAUAUCCAAUUGUAGACUGUUUAAUACUCGAAAACAU